AAAAAAAAAACAUUUAUAAAAAUCGACACUGUAUACCAAGACAUUGCACACCCCUGAAUUGGCAUUGAAAAAUUUUCGACAAAACCACAAAAACACAAAAUGCAACAAAAUUGAAGAGCGUCCCGAAUUUUUCCGAAAUUCAUGUUUUGGCAAAGUAGUCGAAAUUUAUGAAAAUCAUGACGUCCAUAGGAAUUAUGACACUGAGCCGUGGCCCGUACAGCGAGCUCGAUAAAAUGAGCCUUUUUCAGGAUCUAAAACUGAAACGACGAAAAAUCGAUUCAAGAUGCAGCAGUGAUGGCGAAUCAGUAGCCGACACCUCCACCUCCUCGCCCGAUCUACUCGCACCGAUGUCGCCGAAAAUGUGCGAUACGGGCGGUGCUGGUGCAGGCGGCGGCCAUGGGGGCGGCGGUGCGCUCUCCUCGUUGCCGUUGCCCACCGCCGUCGUCACUUUGACGGCCACCUCCACCAUUGCACCCGUCUCAGCUUGCUCAAGCAGCAGCAGCAGCGUGUCAACUGGCACCAGCAGCACUGUCGGUCACAAUGUAUGCGCGCCAAUGCCACCAAGCGCCACCACUACGGUGGUUGUGUCCGCCGGCAAAGCAGCAGCAGCUGUGAAAGCUGAGCAAAAGCAUAUUCAGCAGCAGCAGCAGCAGCAGCAACAACAACAGACUGAAAUUCACUCGUCCAGCGGCACUGUUAGCGCAGCGGCCGCCUCGUCUGUGAUGUCACCACCUCCAACCACAACUGUGCGCAUGUCACCUGCACCGGCGACUGAUCUAAGCUUACCAGCAGGGCGGCGCACGCCCAGCAAUGUCACACCUACACGCGCCACACCAACACCGCCACAUAAUAAUGGCAAUGCGAGCAGCAGUUGUGGCACGAGUAAUGGUGGCGGUAGUAGUCGCGCGUCGCCGGAUUCAAUGGAUGAACGUCCGUCUACAACUACUACAACAGCGGGUGGCACACAGAUGUCCACAAAUGGUGUGCAUGGAGCAGGCGCCGUUAUCGGUCAUGCGACGAACAGCGCUGGUGGUGAGUGUAUGCCAGGUUCAGUGAGUGCCGAAUGUGGUGUUAGCAAUUUAAGUGUCAUACGCUCAGUGAAAGAAGAGCGCAUCGCUGCCUCGCCCACAAAAAUGCUAUCCUAUCAGCAACAUCAACAACAGCAGCAGCAACAACAAAUGCAAUAUCAGCAACACGCGCAGUCUGCGCCCCCACCAACACAGUCCAAAGGUCUUACGCAGUCGCAACAGCAUGUCACAGUGCUGGUGACGCCGUCGCGCAUAAAGUCUGAAUUGUCGCCUCAACAGCAACAGCAGCAGCAACAAAUGCCGCCGACGUCGCUGCAACAUUUCACACACCACCCAGCCUACUCUACAUCUGUCUCUACUGCGACCGCCUCAGCUAUAUCAUCCUCCGCCACGGUGACCACAACAAGCAGCGCGAGCACGUCAUCACUGCACGCCAGCUCACCUUCGCCUACGCCAUUACCCACAUCCGCGGCUGCCGCAGCAGCGGCGCAUCAUCAACAUUUACAUCACCCGCCACCGCCCAUUGUGCAGACGCAUCACUUGCAUCAGCAGCUCACACAACCGCAAUUGCGCAAGAGUAGUCCGCCGUCAGGGCUAGGGCUGCCGCAGCAACAUUUACUCAACCAAUCUAUGCAGCAUUUGACGCAACAGCAACAACUGCAGUUGCUCCAGCAGGCUGCGGCAAUGUCGCAACGUCCGACCCAAAUGUCGCCUAAUGCAAUUAGUUCGUCGCCGAGCGCGCGACAUCAGUCUAGCGCCACAUCACCACAUCAGCAUCUCCUGCAGCAACAACAACAGCAACAUUUACGGAUCAAGAAAGAGCCCGCGCAGUUACUUUCUGCCGCCGCUGGCAGCUUGUUGGGUAGCACUGGUGCUGCGCAAAGGCAUCUACACUCGCCACUUCACCACCACCCGUCAUCGCCGCAACAACAACAACAGCAGCCACCGCAACUGCCACCACAAGCGCUGGGUAAUAUUGCACAGCUCAUACAUCCGGCGUCACUGCAGUCGUUGCGCCAUCCCAAUCGCGAUGCAGCCAUACUAUUUCGCGUGAAGAACGAAGUACAUCAGCAGGUGGCGGCAGCGCAGCUUAUGCAGCCUGGUGCAGCUGCAGCAGCCGCCGCGGCCGCACAACGCAUGGUUUGGGUGUCGAAUGCGCGCAUUAACGGUGUCAAGCCGGAGGUAAUAGGCGGUCCUUUGGGUAAUUUGCGACCAGGCGGUCCGCCGCAAUCACCUUCGCCACAUCACUCUUCAUCCUCCUCUUCGUCACAGCUAUCGCCGCAGACACCUUCGCAAACGCCGCCGCGUGGUACGCCUACCGUCAUCAUGGGCGAAAGUUGUGGCGUGCGCACAAUGGUCUGGGGCUAUGAGCCAGCGCCGCCUACUGCAGGGCCAUCACCUACGCAUGGUGGUGGCAACAGUAGCGGCAGUGGUGGUCUACACCAGACGCCACCCUCAACGCCACAGCAUCACCAUAUGCAUCAGCAAUUGCAGCACCAACCACCCUCCUCUAUGUCAUCGCUGUCGCAACAGUCGCAUCACUCAUCACAGUCAUCACUGCAGUCGGCCUCUUCGCCUUCGGCGGGUUCAAUUACGCCUACACACACACCUGGUCCGUCGCCGCAGAACAACGAGGAGGCGGCACAACUGUUGCUCUCACUUGGCCAGACGCGCAUACAGGAUGUGCGACCACGACCACACCAAUUUCGUACACCCCACGCGCUCAACAUGGCACGUCUCUGGGAAGGCGAUUUGUCGCAGUUGCCGCCCGGCCAGAUUCAUGCGCUGAACUUGAGUGCACAACAGCAAUGGGGUAGCUCGAAUGCGACGGGUCUGAAUCGUGGAUUGGAUGUACCGCAUGAGCCCACUGACGAGGAUGAUCAGCCGCUUGUUUGUAUGAUCUGCGAGGAUAAAGCCACUGGAUUGCAUUACGGAAUCAUCACGUGCGAAGGUUGCAAGGGAUUCUUUAAGCGAACCGUGCAGAACCGGCGCGUCUACACCUGUGUGGCCGAUGGCACUUGUGAAAUAACCAAAGCACAGCGGAACCGGUGUCAGUAUUGUCGAUUUAAGAAGUGUAUCGAGCAGGGCAUGGUGCUGCAAGCCGUUCGAGAGGAUCGCAUGCCGGGCGGUCGCAACAGUGGCGCCGUCUACAAUCUCUACAAGGUCAAGUAUAAGAAACACAAAAAGUCAAAGCAACAGCAGCAGCAACAACAACAACAACAAUCGCAGCAACAACACAUGCAUUCACCACACCAUCAGUCGCCACUCUCCCCGCAUCAUCAGCAGCAUCUGCUCUCGCCACAACAGCAUCUGCAUCAACAUCAACAACAAUUAGCGGCAGCAGCUGCUGUCGCUGCAGCGGCGCAACAUCAGCAUUCAAAGUUGUUGAGCGCCACGUUGGCGCAGAGUGAAGUGAAGCCAAUGUUCUUCGGUCCCUCCAUCAAGCAAGAGCAUCUGCAACAGCAGCAGCAGCAGCAGCAACACCAGCAACAUCAGCAACAGCAACAACAGGCAGCGCAACUGCAUUCGCCUCACCAGCAGCAGCUACUCUCACCUCACCACACGCUACACGGCUCGCCGCAUGGCGCGCUACCGCCACAUUCAUCAGCUGGUACGUUGCAUAGUCCGCUCUCACAUGGACCACCCUCAAUGCCGGCACACACUUCCUCCUCAUCCUCGUCCUCAUCGUCGGCGUCUUCGGGUGGCAGUAGUGCCUCUCAACAGCCAUCGUCACAUCAUGCGCUCCACUCGCCGCAUCAUACGCUCACGCAUACGCAUCAUUUGCAAUCGAAUGCGCCACAUCCGCCGCAUACAACACAACAAUUGCAUCAACAACAGCAGCAGCAGCAGCAACAGCAUCAACAGCCGACGCAGCUGCAGGAAACUGCCAUCAAACUGCCCUCGCAUUUGGUUAACGGUACAAUACUUAAGACUGCACUCACGAAUCCCAGCGAAAUCGUGCAUUUACGUAAUCGGCUCGAUUCGGCUGUCAGCUCGUCGAAGGAUCGGCAGAUCUCGUAUGAGCAUGCGCUCGCCAUGAUCCAAACGUUAAUCGACUGUGACGCCAUGGAAGACAUUGCCACAUUGCCACAUUUCUCCGAAUUUCUCGAAGACAAAUCGGAGAUCAGCGAAAAGCUCUGCAAUAUUGGCGACUCCAUUGUGCAUAAACUGGUGUCGUGGACAAAGAAGCUGCCCUUCUACUUGGAGAUACCCGUCGAGAUACAUACGAAGCUGCUGACGGAUAAAUGGCAUGAGAUACUCAUACUGACGACAGCUGCGUACCAGGCGUUGCACGGCAAACGCACCACGCCCCGUACCGCGACACCAGGCAGUGGUGGUGCCACAACGGCGCAUGCUUCGUCCACCACCAGCUCCAGUGGGCGCUCCAGCGUUGGUGCGUCACCACAUUCGCCUGCCUCUGCGAAUCAUCAUCACAAUCACCAUCAUACGCAUCAUAUGAGUAGUUCACCACAUGCGGCGAGCAGCAGUCUGAGUUUGCCACACCAGCAUCAUCACCAUCAUCAAAUGCACUCAGCCGCCACACCACCGCCACUACAAAAGGACGAUCCCGAGUUUGUGGACGAGGUGAAUGCUCACCUUAAUACGUUGCAAACGUGCCUCACCACGCUGAUGGGUCAGCCCAUUGCCAUGGAACAGCUGAAGUUGGACGUAGGUCAUAUGGUGGAUAAGAUGACGCAAAUAACAAUCAUGUUUCGACGCAUCAAACUCAAAAUGGAGGAAUACGUUUGUUUGAAGGUGUAUAUUUUGUUGAACAAAGCAGAAGUGGAACUGGAGAGCAUACAGGAGCGAUAUGUGCAGGUGUUACGUACCUAUUUGCAACACUCCUCGCCGCAGAAUCCGCAAGCGCGACUAACUGAAUUGCUGUCACACAUACCGGAGAUCCAAGCUGCUGCUAGUCUAUUGCUCGAAAGUAAAAUGUUCUACGUUCCCUUCGUUUUGAAUUCGGCCAGCAUAAGGUAGCAAAUGCUUGAACGUGGACUACUGCCGAUCGAUGAUGAUCCACCCAAGGGGUGUAUGAUGAUAAAGCAGAUGCAGCAGCAACAGCAACCACAGCAGCAGCAGCCGAAACAUGACGAUGAAGAUGAGCAAGAGCAAGAGGUAGAGCAACAACAACAAAGCAAUCUAAUGAAAGCACGACGACGUACAGCCACGGAAAUGGCAGAACGCCUGCAGCGGCAAAGAGAGGCAACAGAAAAGCAGCAAAAGCAGCAGCAACAGCAAAACCAGCCACAACAACAUGAACCCCAACAGCAGCAGCAACAGGCAAGAUUUAGUUUACCAAUGCUGGAGCUGCCGAGAAUCAAAGUGGAAACCGAGCAGCAACAUCAGCGCUACUCAAUGGAUGAGGACGACGAUGACGAAGAGGAAGAAGAGUUGCGAAACAUUGAGGAAAACCAAAAACAGCAGCAGCAGGAGCACAAAUCCGUGGAGGAGUCGACUACGCGAUCGAUGGUACGCCUUAUAGAACCGACCACUUCGAUAUUGAAGACUUCAUUGCUGGCCGGCGCUGCAGCAACAUUGGCGACGCUGACAGCAGCUGCGGAACAGGUCAGCCGAACGUCGCUGUCACCACAAGCGCAAAGCGACCGAUCAGCAGCGGGUGCGGGCGCGAUUUCCGGGCACCGUUCGCCAACGGCGGGCAAUAGUCUGAUAGAGAGUAAAAGACUGCAAACAAAUCAACAACAAACACAACAGCAAGACCCCCGUGAACAUUCCGCGCCCGCAAUGACAUACAAAUCGAUAUUGCAGACAGCGCUUAUGGGCGAGCGACCGUCGAGACCACAAACUCCACCAUUAUCGCCGGCUGCUUCGGCGCCAAUUAUUGUGCGAGCUACCGGUGUGCAACCAACACCCACGCCGCCACCGCCUCACGUGCUGAAAACGGCUGUGACACUGGCGAGUUUGAGUGAAAUUGCUGCCGCGCGGCAGCAACAGGAGGAGGAAGAGCGCCUUUUGCGCGAGCAACAGCAACAGCAACAACAACAGCAUUUAUUAUUACAACAAACACUGCCAUUGAAGAAGAAGAAAAGUUUUCUGCAGCAAAAGUUAACAGCAACAUGCAACAUGCUGACAACAGCAGCAACGAUAUUGCAGCAACAGCAGCUGCCCCCACAUGCAGCACUGCCACAACAGCAACAAAAUACCAUUACCAUACUGCCAAUUGGAGCCAACAACAAAACCAACACUGCCAUGUCGGCUGCAACAACCAUCCCGACAACAAAAAUCGUGUUCAAUAAUGUGAUAGCGAACGCGGGUGGAGCCAGCGUAUUGCGCUGCGGUGCGACGACAACAGCGUCUACUGCCGCAACGUCAACAACAACAACUACAAGCGCUCGCACAACAGUCUCGUGCCUCAGCAACCUACGCUCAACCACAGCGGCGGUAAGCGGCAGCAAGGUGGCCAGCAUUAGAGGCUCAUCCACUGCUGAGCACAACAGUGCCAGAAAUUUUGCUAGCACUUCAAAAAAUGUUGCCUGCAAUAUCAGCGCGGCGAAUAGCUGUCAAGCGAUAGCCACGCAAACAAUUAAAAUACCAACGGUGCGCACCGCCACAGUAACGACGCAAACGCAAACGGAUGAAAUGCAAUCAACAGCGGCAACAGCAACUUCAAGUGGCGAACAGCACGCGCAACAACAACAGAGACCGUACGCGGCCAUAUCUGCUAGUAGCCAUGUAAUUGCGCGUAAGCUCAGCACCGCCUUGCAACAGCAGCGCCAACAUGCUGCCACUGCGGCCACCAAUACGUCCGCAACAUUACUUUCGCUGCCGCUCCAACAGUCCAAUAUGGCACGCCGUCCCUCGCCUCAACGCCAAACCACUGCCACAUUAGUCACUGCCACAACGAAUGCGGCCACUGCGAGUGUCGCUCCGCCCACAACCACUGUCACAGCCACAGCCACCGCUGCCCCGACCUCCACAGCUGUUACUGUUGUUGUUUUUAAAACAUUGUUACCUGAUGACUGAAUUAAAUAAUUUUUAAUUGUUAACAAAGCAAGAAAUGCUAACAAAAAUAUGAGCUUUGGCAGAAAGCUUACUACGGUGUGAGUCUACAAGAGAAGUUUCCACUCGAAACUCCAUGUUAGCUGUUUUGUUUUAUACAAUUAUAGGCAUUCGUUUUUGUUGUAGCAUUUAAGUGUCGCACCUUUACUAAACUAUGCACUUGUCCUGGUGUGAAAGCCCUUUUCUUCUGCUUGGCUAACACAAAUCAAAAAAGUUUUCUCAAUUGAUAGCGUUUUUUGAGCGAUUAUUUAUUUUUUGGCCUUUCAAGUGAAAUUAUGGGCCCGUGAAUGAUGCGUUUUAGCUAUGCAACAUAAUAAGGUGGCUUGAGGAAAGCUUAGCCGAAAGCUCUGUGAAUGACAA